UGACAAGAUCGUCGCUACAAAUGUUGUCUUGAUUUUCAAAAUGUCGGAACAAUUAUUGAAUAUUAAGUUUGUUGCUGAAGUAAAGAAAUAUCCUUGUUUAUAUAAUUAUUCACUUAAGGAAUAUUCUAAAAAGGAUGUAACAGAAAAAGCAUGGGAAACCGUAGGAAAAGUUGUUAAUUUAACAGCAUUGCAGGCGAAAGAGAGAUGGAAAAAUCUCCGUUCAGUUUUCGUACGAAACUUAAAACCCCAACCUCAUGGAUCAUCACAAAAGAAGAAAUACUAUUUAUCAGAUGCUAUGAAGUUUAUUUUACCAUUUACUAAAGUAGCUGGAACUCCGUCUAUUGCAUUUGAUUCAGAUCAAAGCGAUGAGGAAAAGGAAACACACAACCCAUUGUCUUCUACAUCGUCGCCUGAACGUAAAAGUCCACUGUCCGAUUUAACUCGGCGUAGUUCAUCUGAUUCCUCUAACCACAACUACAGAAGUAAAAAGAGAAAAAUAAGCGAAACUGAUGAAUUAUUGAAUGAAUUUAUGAAAUCAAAAAACACCAAGGAUAGCGAGGAGUCAAUUAAUAACGCAAAUAAGAUGUUUUUAUUAAGUCUGCUUCCAGAUUUAGAUUGUAUGACACCAACACAAAUAAGAACUUUUAAACGACAAGUGAUUGAAUUAAUAGAUAACAUAUUGACAGUAUCUGCAAACACAUCUACUUGUGCUGUAAUAUUAAAAUCGGAACAUAUAUCAAAUAAUUCAAAUGCAUCCUAGCAGGUAACUAACAUACAGGAGGUUAUGCCAUUAAAAAUAAAUGAUUCCAGAAACUAUAAACAAUUUGGAUCUUAAGCUUCGUUAAGAAUCUGAUGUCAAAGUUUUAAUGGAAUUUAAACACAAAUAGAUCACUCCUUGAAUGGAAAAUUCAGCUUUUGCUGUGUAAGAACGUGCGAACACCUAAAACUAAACUAUCGCAUAACUGUUUAGUCUCGUUUCGAUUUCUAUGACCUUAUAUGGAGGUAACACACGAGGCAUACAAGAUUUUAGCUGCGAAACAAUCGACAAUCGUACAACAGUUGUACCAUAGCUUAGCUUAAUGUGUGCGUUCGGUGUUAUGCUUUUACUGUUAAUGACAAUUAAUUAUCUAUCUAUUAGACCGUCAUUGGUAAGAUGGAGCCACAAAACACUAUGUCUUAUAACCUGGCUGUUUUAAGGGCGGAUCCAGCUUUAGCGCCACGCGCGGGAUCACAUAGUGGUGGUUCAUGACAACCCCCCUGGAUCCUUCCUUGGACUAUUUGUAGAUUAAUGAAUUUGGACUGGAAUGACGUUUCAAAUUGUGCAUCGGUAAUUUUUUGAAAUUCGAUUGUCGACGUGAAUAGAGUCAUAACACGAGCAAGUUGAAUCCUGUUGAAACAUGUACGCUCGUCUUAUCUGGCAACGGGCACUGUAAUAAUUAUUUUGUUGUUAAUUAGAAUAAAAAUGUUAACUUUUGUA